GACUGGAAUGACAUUUAAUAGGAUUUACGUCCAUGAGGAUGAGAUAGUGAAGCUCUUUGAGACCCUUCCACAUCCACAAAAUAUCCCAGUUUCUGUUCUUCACAGUUUUUUCGUGAAGGGUGACACGAUGGGGUUUGAACUGGGAGAGUACGACUUGGAGGCUUCCGGGCUAUAUCCAGACCUCGAAUUUAGAACGAUCGAUCAACUUCUUGAUAUUUUUUUGACUAGCCCUCCAGAUCGUGCAGCUGCUGCCUUUGAAUGAGUUUUAUGAUCUGCGAUUUCCAUGUCUUGAAUUUGUUUUCUUGUUUGUAACGUCCGCAGAUAGACGGACAUCUAAAAGGUCAGGUUGUGAGGCCGAGGCCAUUAUUAUUAAUAAUCGGAGUCCUUUCUUU